AUGGAUCGGCGUUUUGCGCCAAAUUUUUGUUUUUUAUUGCUGUGGGUUGCCUUAGCGAAUGGCGCCCUGACACAGACUGGUGGCCAACCAAGUCAAUCACGGGAGCCAUUAGUAAAGUCCGCGGAGAGUAUAAAAAGUGGGAACAGAGUUAAAAGAUCAUCAAAUGAUGAAGAUAAGCAGAGAUUAAACGCAGGUUAGUUUUGUUCAUUGGUUUGUUAUCUAGUUUAUGUCUGUUUCAUAGUUUUAUAUAUGAAGUAUUUUUACAUGCAUGAGUUAGUACAAUAUUAUAAUAACUAUAGUACAAAAUUUAAUAUGGGCACAUAUAUAAAAUUUGAUAUGGGCACACAUAAGAUGUUCAUUUUGAACUAUUUAUCAACAUGGUUUUGCCAUUAUCAAACAAAACCCUAUAUCUUUGCAUAUUUCAUGUAUAUAACGUCUAGAAUAGAUGAAGAUUUUAUCAUUAUAUUAUUAUAAUUAUAUUAAAGAUUUAAUUAAGAAAGUAAUUUUGAAUUGUAUAUAUAUUAAUAUCUUCUUGGCUAAGAACCCUUAAAUAGUCUAGUAAACUUCUACAGCGUUCUAUAUAGACUUGGAACAUAAGCCAAUGAAAGGUUUUAUAACCUUUAAAGCGUUAUCCUUGCAUUAGAACUGACCACUUUAUAGGACCAUUUAUACGAGCGAAAAUAAGCCGCGGACUAAAUAAAUCGCGAACGACUCGUAUAAACAGUCAAUUUGAAAUAAGCCGUGGCUUAUUUAGGUCCAGCUUUCAACGCCGCUUAUUGCAAAUUGACUGUUUAUACGAGUCGUUCGUGACUUGUUUAAGCCGUGUCUUAUUUUCGCUCGUAUAAAUGGCCCUACUGUUCUUAUGUAGUUACAUUUCUUAUUAUAUUCAUGUGAUGAAUAGACCUUUCCCCUUUUAAGUGAAAUUUUGAUCUAGACAAGUCUGGACAAAAAUUUCAUCACAGUUUGAAAGAGCAUCACAAAAUUAGUAAUAUUCCGAAGUUUCGUUGCGAAAUGUUGUAAAAUGCGGAUAAUAUAGCCUUGCGAAGUUUGCCGUUUUUCAGUCAUUUUGCAUUACAAACGGGAAAAUGAUAAUCAGUUUGAUCAUCUGAUUAUCGUUUGUAAUGCAAAAUGACUGAAAAACAGCAAAUUUCGCAAGGCUAUACAUUUCGCAACGAAACUUCAGAAUAUUACUAAUUUUGUGAUGCUCUUUCAAACUGUGAUGAAAUUUUUGUCCAGACUUGUAUUUCACUUAAAAGGGGAAAGGUCUAUUGAUUGAUUCAUUCAUUCAUUUCUUUUUCAUGUAGGUGAAGGCGAACUUUUAAAGUUAUUUUCUCGUGGGAAGGUCACGCAAAAACGUGACAUAAUAAACACUAACAUUGACUCUGAGCGUGAUGGCAUACCCGGGAAUUUGUACCCGGAAACUGCGAUCCAUAACUUGGAACAAACCUCAGAUAAGGUGGAGUCUGAUAUGCUGUACCGCAAGUCUGAAAUCCCCACGCGUGAGGGAGACGGUACACACGUGCAUGGCACGCGGGCCGUGGGUGAUAAAGCUGUGUAUAAUAUAGGUCAAGAUGUCUCUCUUGAGAUUCCCUUAGAUCAACCACGCGUUGAAGAGCUCACAAAACGAGAUAUCAUUCCAAAGAAAGUGGCAUCCAGGUUGAUAGAAGAUGGUAAAAAAGGAUCAAGAUUGGUAAAUGAUGAUAAAGUAGGAUCUACCAAUGAGGAUCAAGGCUUGUUAAAUAAUGAUAAAGUAGGAUCCAAUGAUGCCAAAGUGGGAAGCACAACCGGUACAGUAAAGAGCAGCUCAACACGACGUGACGAGGUUCCGCUCUCUGGCCCAAAUUUUUUGCGAAAUUCGUUGGACGAUGCCUCAGAUGAAGAUUUCCAAAUCAGAGACAAAUCUGCAGAUCUUGAGAUCCAUGCUGAUUCUUCAGGGGUACGGGUGAAGGCGAAACCCGCCUCCCUCCAGGUCGUUUCUAACCCACAUGGCGAGGUGAAAACCCUCCCAGGUGAGACGCACUCUGAGGGGGUUAUUGCUGAACGCAGAACUUUCACUCCUGUACUCCCUUCCGAGAAACGCACCAACCAUCAUCAUUUCCAUGGGCUACCACCCCGACCUUUCACCCACCUACCCUUUUUAAGACACCACCACCAUUUCCACCAUCAUCACAGGUUGCCGUGGUUACGACAUCGUCAGCAUAUCAACUAUCCGGAUGUGUUUGAAAGAAUGCGUUUUAAUUCAAUGCCUGAAGGACCUGUUCCCUUCGGAGGUAUGGGCCUUCCUGUCUCUGUUGCACCUCCUAUGACAUCCAUGAUGAACUCUCCCCCUCCUAUGAUGUCUGAAGGACCAGGAAUGCCCCUGAUGGGUGGGGCAGGUAUGGGUGGUGGAGGUAUGGGUGGCCCACUUAUACCGCAACUGCUCCAACGUUCCCCAACCAUGGAAACCAAUCCCGCAAAUCGAUUCGGUGUACCUGAAAACCCGAUGGAAGAGAUGUCUGCUGGGGGAAUGUCCCCUAUGGGAAGAAUGAACUCUAUGGGAGAUAUGUCCCCUAUGGGAAGAAUGGGUCCGAUGGAAGAUAUGUCACCUAUGGGAAGAAUGGGUCCGAUGGAAGAUGGGUCACCUAUGGGAAGAAUGGGUUCUAUGGGAGAUAUGUCCCCUAUGGGAGGAAUGAGCCCGAUGGCAGAUAUGUCUCCUGUGAGUCGAAUGAAUGCUAUGGGGGAUAUGCCCCUUAUGGGAAGAAUGGGCCCUAUUGGGGGAAUGCCACCUAUGGGUAGAAUGGGACAAAUGGAAUCAAUGCGUCCAAUGUCCCCCAGUGCUCCGUUUGGUCAAAGCGAGAUGCGUCGUAAGAACGCCUUGGAAUUUUGGGGCAUGCCAAACCAAGAUCAACUCAGAGCCUUGGCUCGUGGCGAGAAUGUUCGGAAAGUCCUGGGAAGUAAUAGAUACGGUGAGACUCUUGGUGGCAUAACACCCGGGGGUAUGAAUCCCCUUGGAGGUAUGAGCCCCGGUAUGGGCGGCGGUAGUUUCAACGCGAACGGUAUGGGAGACAAUAUGAUGGGACCGAUAAGUGGUACUCGCAGCGCCAUGUUUCGUGGUAUUUCUGGUGGUAUGUCUGGUGGCAUGUCUGGUGGCAUGUCUCGUGGCAUGUCUGGUGGCAUGUCUGGUGGGAUGGGUAUGAGGAGAAAUAUGCUGUACAAAAAGGACGGCAUUAAUAAAACUAACGCUUAUAAGAAAUCUAUGAAGCUCAAGAAGUCGGGUGAUCACAAAACUGAGCCUGCGGUAACAGGCGGUCAAGCAGUCAGCGGUAGCACAAGAAGCGGGCACGAGAAAUUUGAGGAGGGAAUCUUGAAGAAGGCGCAAAGUUUGGUUGCAGGAGAGAAACAUAUAGCCAAGAAUGAGGAGUCUGAGUUACAUCGUGAACAUCGAAUUAGAAAAUCUUCGAAAUUGCCGCAUGACGAGGAGAAACGGUAAGGGAGUGUUCGUUAUUUAUGAUAUGGGGGGGGGGGGCAUUUCACACCUCCCUCUCAAUAUCAACAUGACCCCCUCUUGCAACAGCAAACCUACAAAAUGUUUCAUACUCAUUCGAACUAGUUGCUCUUAAGUUUAUAUUGCUAAGGCGAGACUUUUUUUAUUCAUUGGUUUACGGAUCCGCCGACCGUAAAUAUUCAGAAAGUGAAAAAUAAAAAAAAUAAAUUUGGAUGUCAAAAAUUUUACAAUUUUAGUUAAUUUUAAUUAAUUUGGAAUUCUGACAUGAAGUACACUUCAAGUGAACUUUGACUCUAGGUACUGCUGGCUCAUGUUAUCGUUGUGACAAUCAAUAUGUAGAUUAGCCACGUUUUUUGCCUUUUUUUGAAAUUGACGUUAAAAAAUUUUAUAAAGGUUAUUAAUUUCGGUUCUCAUUUAUACUCAGUUCGUUUUUUUUAAAAAAAUUUUCCGACCUACCGACCUCUUAUUCAAAGUCAAAUCCGUAAGCCAAUAAAUAAAAAAAGUCUCGCCUAACUAAUAAUUCGACGAAUAAUUCGUCUGACACUCAGGCUACUAACUAGUUCGUUUGGAUGGUUUGUUUGUAUUGCUAACAACAUCUGACUUUUCUUCCAUAGAUCACUUGAUAAAAAACAUUCGAAGAAAACCUCCAUAAAACAUCAAAAAUCCAAGAACGUAAAGGGUUCCAAAAAAGACAUCGCCGUUCAACGUCCCCCCAUAAUUUACCAUCCACCACCGGAGGUUUUCCACCGACCGGAUAUUGUUCUUCACCGUCCUCCGGUACUCUUUCACAGAGCUCCAAUAGUCUAUCACCAGGCGCCUGUGGUCGUACACAGGCCCGCUGUCGUAUAUAGACAAUCCCCAAUCAUAUUUCAUCAACCUUCUCCCGUGGUUAGCCAACCUUAUUACAGAGCUUGGGAUAAUUUCCAGAUGAGUCCAGCCUACGCCCAUGCUGGCUCUCAUGUGUCUCAGGCGUAUAACUAUUUAGGAGUGCCGCCUGCGGUUAAUGGCUACAGGAAGGGGGUGGUACCCCACCAGCCAAAGGAGGAGGGGAAGAAGGGGAAAGUUGAAGGAAAAAAGGAAAGCAAGAGAGCGGAAAUUCCUGAGCACAAAGAAAAGAAGAAGAGCAGUGUUGAUAAAAAUGAGAAGGUAGCAAUUUGGUUUUUUUGUCGCUUUGUGUUAAUUAAGACGAUAUUAUGAAAAUAACUAGAGUGGUAACAUUUGUGGAAAAAACCCCGAUACCAACCAACAAGUAUAAGACAAAACAAAACAACUAAUGAUAGCCAUAGAUUGCAUAACUUACUAACUCCUCGUAAUUUGAACCAUUUUAAUCUAAGAACAAAACAUAAAUUUAAUGUUAACUUCCAGACAGAACGACAUAGGAAAACCUUUAUUGUACACAAUUCAUUAAAAUUUUAAGAUAUAAUCAAACUUAAAGUACUUAUUAGUCUAGUACACCAUGUAAUAGCGAUUGAGGCUUAUUUUUGUAAUAGUUAACACAAUUCAAAUUCAGCCCUUGGGCUGCAAAGUUAAUUUUAAUAAAACUAUCUAUCUAUCUAUCAAAACACGAUCCGAAGAUUAGGAACUUGAAACUCAGGAUAUGAAUCAAAACAAGACGCGAAUCAACCUCGUUCCCAGGCUCUUUGAGCAAAGAGCCUGGGAACGAGGUUGGACGCGAAUGAGUUUGAGUAACAUUUGUAUGUACAUUUCUUUUAGUAUUGUUUAUAUAAAUUUGCUCAUAAAUUGGAGUAAUUUUACUCAAAAGUUUGGCUCACUGUGGGCAUAGAUUAAUUAAUAAUUAUUCGCCGAAGGCAAACUGAUUAUCGGUGAAUAAAAACCGAGACGAAGUCGAGGUUUUUAUUCACGAUAAUCACCGAGUCUGAGGUGAAUAAUUGUUUUAGUAUAAUUUCAUUGGUGAUUAUUUCGAAAAAAAUAAAAAUUUCGUCAUUUAAUUGACAAAAUGGCUUCGGCCGCCAUUUCGAAAAUCGCUUAGGUGAUUAUUGCGUUAUAAUCACCUCAACGGCAACCAAUCAGCGUGGAGAAUUUUCAAUAAUCACCUAUGUAAUUAUACUAAGUAUGUAUAUUUUUAAUCUGUGCUGUGCGUGCAUUAUCUUACUCGAGCUUUUUAGUCAAAAUACGACUCAAGUGAUUUCGAUAAUCUACUGUAUUUAAUUUGAUUACCAAAAUUCAUUAAAUCAUUUUCACAAAUUUUUUGAAGGUGGCGCAGAAGAAGAAGAAGGACGUUGUAGUAAAUCGUCCACCAAUAAUAUAUCACCCACCUCCCGAGGUCUAUCAUCGCCCCGAGAUCGUGGUUCACCGCGCCCCCUUGCUCAUCAGACGUCCACCAAUCAUCUAUCACCAACCAGCGGUCAUCGUACACAGACCACCCGUGGUCUACCACCAACCUCCCUUGGUCUUCCAUCAACCAGCACCAACGGUGAACCAACCCGUCCUCUACUCCCAUGAUAACUUUGUCGUCCACCCUUCAUUCUUUGCCACCCACCAUGGCUCCGUUGUCAGCGAUGCUGGUCAACUUCUUGGUGUUCCUAAUACGGUUUCCGUACCCGAUACCGGCGGUUUUCCCUACCAGCCAGUAGGUGCUAACCCAGGGUUAGGGUUAGGCCCUGGAGGUUUGGGUAUGCCCGGCGGUAUGCCCGGUGGUAUGGGUAUGCCCGGUGGUAUGGGUAUGCCCGGUGGUAUGGGUAUGCCCGGUGGUAUGGGUAUGCCCGGUGGUAUGGGUGUGCCCCCCUCGGCUCCAAUGGGGAGACGAAAGCGAUCCUUACGCCACAAAAAGAAAGCAAAGCAUGAAAACGCCAAACGCAAGAAUAUGGUCAUGGUGAAGCGUCCCCCCAUUGUCUAUCACCCACCUCCCGAGGUCUACCACCGCCCCGAUAUCGUGGUACACCGCGCUCCCCUAGUUAUUCAUCGCAGCCCAAUAAUCUACCACCAAGCGUCUGUUGUUGUACAUAGGCCAGCGGUAGUCUAUCACCAACCCCCCGUCAUGUUUCAUCAGCCGAUGCCCAUGGUCUCGCAACCCGCGUUCACAUCACACGAUGUAUACACCCCACACAGCACUUUGACCCUUGUCGGAAGUUCCCCACCCACCCCCAUACACUCCAGUGUUGCAUUAGUCGCCGUCAAACCCGUCCAAAAAUCGUACAUCAAGAAAAACAAGAAAUCAAAUUCAGAGAAAAAAUCACAUUCCAAGAGACUUUCUAAGAAGGAUGGAAUGAAUACGGAUUCACAGAAACUUUCUGAGAAAAAGGGUAUAAAAAAGAAUCACAAAUCAGGGGGUCAGGAAGAUGGAUCGAAAAAGGAUCACAUCUCGAGAGCAAAGGAAGGCAAAGCAGUUAAAAAGAAUGCAGUUUUGGUAAAAAGACCUCCGAUAAUUUACCAUCCCCCACCCGAAGUCUAUCAUCGUCCAGACAUCGUGGUACAUCGGGCACCUCUCGUAAUCCAUCGUAGUCCAAUUAUCUAUCAUCAAGCGCCCGUUGUCGUACACAGGCCAGCAGUAGUAUAUCAUCAACCCCCUGUCCUAUUCCAUCAACCUCCUCCAGUUGUCAAUCAACCUAUCCUGGCUUCACAUGACGUGUAUCAUGAAACAUCUGAACUAACGCACAGGUACGUUGCUCUCUAGUUUUUGAAUCAAAGUUAAACAUUGUUUUUAUUAAUUAUUUUCAUUCUUCUUGUAGCGGUAGCAGUUUGACCCCACAUGGUACCUAUCUUGGAGUGCCCAGCGAAUUAAUGACACAAGCCUUUGGUAAAUCAAAAGUUCCACGAAAGAAAGGACACGACCAAAAACCCCGUAGAGGUAUCACAAAAGAAGAGGAAGCCAAACAAGGCUCCAAGAAAAACAUCAUAGCUAACGAAGAUAAAACCGAAAAGGCUUCCAAGAAAAACGCAGUUCUAGUAAAGCGUCCACCAAUAAUCUAUCAUCCCCCACCCGAAGUUUACCAUCGACCUGACAUCGUAGUACAUCGUGCUCCGAUCGUAAUCCAUCGUGCACCCCUCGUGUACCAUCAAGCUCCUGUCAUUGUGCAUAGGCCCGCAGUGGUAUAUCAUCAACCAGCGGUCAUCUUCCAUCAGCCCCCACCGAUGGUCCAUCAACCUAUGUUCACAGCACAUGAUACUUUUACACCCCACGACACUCUCGUACUCGGGAAAUCAACUACACAAAAGGUGGGGGACUUUGAAGGCCCACCGCCUGAAACUUUGGCGGCUACCAGGAAAGGAGAAGUACCUAAAAAUGUAAAAGGUAAUGAUGAUAAUAUUAAUCAUAUACUCUGUACAAAGGCACAUUUAUACAACGUACUUUAAGUUCCCUGUCCCGAUAUUUUUACUUGAAAUCUCUAUUAUUAAAACUUCUAAAUAACAGACAUUUUCUGAGAGACCAUUCUGAUUAUAGACUGGAUAUGUUUAUAUUUAAGAUGAUGACGGAAUUAGACUGAGUUCCGAAAUAUAACCCACUUUGUGUCGUAUAUUUCUUACUGAGUUUUCUUUAACAUUUUAUUACUAGGCACUAGUCGAAAUACCAUUCCAAAGGAAUCAAAAGAUGAGGAGAACCAACCCCACCUACACACAUCAAAAGACAAGGGGGGACAUCCCCACCAACGAUCAAUGGAAAGCGAGGAGAAGAAGCCUAAAGGGGAGCACCCUCACCGACGCUCACACCUACGUAAACUAAUCCUCUCCUUGCAAAAGGACGAAAAUCAUGAGAAGAAAGGAUUACAGGUGGCAGGAGGUGCUCCUUUGGUUCUGCAAAGACCACCACUUAUUCUUUCACGUCCUGCAGUAAUGGCCCCUGCUUUCGGUAGCCCUUUGGUUAACUCGUUGGUAGCCCCUGCAGCUCAUCCCAUUGUACAGAGAGUACUUCAACCAGUGCCAGUUUAUCAACCUGUUAUCCGACAAGUUCCAGUACCAGUGAUUCGUCCUGUACCGAUACCUGUGGUGUACCAUCACCAUCACUGGCCUGUGCAUUUUCACCACCAUCAUAUACAGCCAGUAAUGGUCCCACCACAACACUAUACGACCUAUUCUUACCAUCCUAAUAAUCCUUACACGUUUGGUAAAUCAGAUGUACCUGAAGGUUCUGAUGAAUCUGAUGUACCAGAAGGUUCUGAACAGAAAGACACCAUCCAUGUUCAUGAUUUUGGAGUACCAGCACAUGGUCAUGUUGGACGUGUGAAUGGUAACAGCCAUGUGGUUACUCAUCAUGGUUAUGUCACCCGUCAUGCAAACUGUCCAAGUCACUGUGGUACAUGCCAACCACCAAACUGUCCUUCCGACUGUAAACCUCACUGUAUUGCAAUCAUUCACCAUCAGCACCAUCGGCCUCACCAUAUCUUUGUAAACCACCAGCACCAUCACAAUAUAGCUCAGACCCAUCUCCAUAACCAUCACUGGCCAGUGCAUCACCAUGAUGUUUACCAUAACCACCCAUACUUUCCUCAUCGUCAUAUUGGUCACCCAGUUCACUCCUACCCACCGUACCAUCACCUUGGACGCAGGGAUUCUGACAGUGGAACUAGCCAUGAUGGUGACCAGAAGACAACUGUACCUCAUUACAAAGUGUACCAGCAUGUCAAACACUGGCAUCCACCAUGCAUUCACAAUAGUCAAACUUGUCACCAUCAUCACCAUCCCAUGACGAUCUAUCAUGAUCACCAUCACCCCACAAGUGCAAUGCAUCAUCAUCACUACACUCCCUACCCAGUAUACCACCAUCACGAGCAUAUAAAACCAGUAAUCUACCAUCAUGUUAAACCAUACCCUAUUCACCAUCAUCAUGAUCACCAUAUCCAUGAUACCUGGCAUCAUGACCACCAUCCUGUGCUACCACAAACACGUUACCCGGUACCACUAACAUUCCCUACUCCGUUGGGAUUACCAGUACCUAUGGCACCACCACCAGUACCAAUUCCAGUAAUCCCCACAUAUCACCAGCAUGGACCUGUUCCUGUGAUGUUACCAUGGACCCCACAACCACCAUGGACCCGACCUAACCACAAUAUUUUGGGAAGGUCACGUGUACCACAUCAUGUACCUCAGAAGGAGACCAAAAAAUCCGAAACGGCCAAACCAGACAAGAAAACCAAAAAAUCCGAAACAUCCAAAUCCAAAAACAAGAAAAAAGACGUGGUGGUGAACCGCCCUCCGAUCAUCUAUCACCCUCCUCCAGAAGUGUACCAUAGACCAGAGAUUGUCGUACACCGCGCCCCAGUUCUUAUACACCGUCCACCAAUCAUCUAUCACCAGCCUGCGGUUAUCGUUCACAGACCUCCCGUUGUGUACCACCAAAGUCCUAUAGUAUUUCACCAGCCAGCACCAACUGUUAACCAACCGGUGCUUUACUCCCACGAUAACUUUGUCGUCCAUCCUUCCAUGAUUGCCAGCCAUGCUGGCACCAUGGUUGAAAGUGCUGGGCACUUUUUGGGGGUGCCUAAUGGACCUAUCACCAAUUUCCCAGGUCCAUUACCAUCUUUUGGAGGCCCUCAAGGAUUUGGGAUGGAACCUUAUGCAACGCCAUUUGGUAGAAAACGUAGAAGUACGAAAGAGAAUUCUCUGAAAGGGAAGGAAGGCUCUGAGAACGAAAAUGAGAGUUCUCAGAAGAGAGACGAGAAUUCUCAGAAAGAGGAUGAGAAUUCUGGGAAAAGCCAUAAUUCCAAGAAAGCAGAUAGAAAGAAUUCUAUCGUCGUACACAGACCUCCAGUAAUUUACCAUCCCCCUCCAGAAAUCUACCACAGACCCAGGGUGGUGGUACAUCGUCCGGACGUCCUGAUACACCGCCCACCAAUCGUCUAUCACCAAAGCCCUGUGGUUCUACACAGACCUCCUGUCGUAUAUCACCAAGCUCCUCUCAUUUUUCACCAACCACCACCAAUGAUUCGCCAACCAGUAUACCAUUCUCAUGAUGAUUAUGCACCACAUCCAGUCUUUACUCAUUAUAAUUCAGAUAUCCACCAUGUUGGUGCUUACCAAGGCAUACCGCCCUAUGGUGAGGGGUACCAUGGUUUUGGUGGCUUCCACGGUGGGUUCCAUGGUGGCUUCGGUGGUUAUCCAGGGUUACACGGGGGUAUUGGGGACUUUCAUGGAGGAUUUGGAGGAUCUCAUGGAGGAUUUGGAGGAUUCCAUGGGGGAUUUGGAGGAUUUCAUGGGGGAUUCGGUCGCUCAAAGAUUGAAAAACCAAAUCGCAAGAAAACCAAAGAACAUAAAAAGAAAGCCAAAGCACAUAAAAAAUCUUCUGCAAAAAGUGAAAAAGCACAUCGAAAGCAUUCAGUGAUGGUACAUAGACCUCCAGUAAUCUUUCACCCAGCACCAGAAAUCUACCAUAGACCAGCCUACGUGAUACACCAGCCUGAUAUAGUUAUACACAGACCAGCAACAGUUUACCAUCAAUCACCAGUCGUGGUACACCAUCCACCAAUAGUGUACCAUCAACAUCCAGUCGUGUAUCACCAACCUCCUCCAGUUUUUGUUCAACCUACCUACCACCAUCACCAGUUCUUCCAAGAGUGUGGUGGUCACGGCUGUUAUGGCGGUGGUCGUCAUCUCUAUGGUGGAUUCGGCGGUCACGGUGGCUGUUCUGGCCAUGGUUGUUCCAGUGGUGCUGGUAUGUUUGGUGGAUACGGCGGUCAUGGUGGCUGUUUUGGUCGUUGUGGUGGCUUUGGUGGUUUCGGUGGUGGCUGUUGUGGUGGACUUGGUGGUGGAUUCCAUGGUGGUUAUCCAUUCCUGUAUGGUAAAUCCAGUGUACCUAAAGAGAACCAUCCUAAGAAGCGUUCCAAACCAUCCUCGGAACACAAGACUACUAGUGACGACUCCGACGAAUCAAAGAAACAUCACAAGCAUGAUGAGCCUGAGCUCAAAACUACAAGCGAGAAAGCAUCCAAGAGACAUCACAAGACAGCGAAGGAGACUAAAGGGUCGAAAAAGAACGAUAUUAUUAUACACCGUCCUCCCCUGGUUUAUCAUCCUCCGCCAGAAAUUUACCAUAGACCAGAUGUUGUGGUCCAUCGUCCAGACGUUCUUGUACACCGCCCGUCCGUUGUUUAUGACCAACCAGCCGUGGUCCUGCAUCGUCCCGCCGUGAUCUACCACGAACCUGACGUCGUCUUCCAUCAGCCACCACCAUUGGUUAACCUACCUGUCUACCAUGCCAGCGAUCUGUACGCACCACACCCAGUUUACGAGCAGGCUGGCUCCCAUCUUGGUUUUGAUCAUAAUGUCGAGGGGGUACCCCCGCAUUUUAGUUAUGGACCGUAUGGAGUUUCACAUGCAUUUGGAAAAUCUAAAAUUGAAGGCAGUGAUGAUGAGAUGGAAAAGGAUUCUGAGAAUGACAAGGACCAAAAGGAUUCUGAGACCCAGGACGAGAAUGAAAACACCGAAGAGGACUCUGGGAUUGAAAAUGGUAAGAACCAUGUAUUAUUUGUCUUAUUAUUAGGAAUAUAAACAAUAACAAGCUAUAUAUACAUAUUUUACAGGUAAGACAAUGAAGUGCAAGUAUUCAUAUAUUACUUUUAUGAAUACAUAAUAAUACAUUAUUAUUACGAAAUAAAUAUUCGAACAUUAAUAAUAUAAUAAUAUAUGAACAAAAACAAAAAAUUUUCAUUUUUGUUUCUGAAAGUAGAACAAGAUCUCCUUACAUUGUAUUUUCUUAUUGUUUUGUAGCCAAAGAGAAGACUGCAGAAGAUACUGAGAUGAAGGACCAUUCUGAAAAAUCUACCAUAAUCCGAGAAUCUGGCCAGAAAAGCCACCAUUCAAGUGACCAUGCAAGUAAGCAUACCAAAAAGAAAUCUCAAACUGCCAAAGCUCACAAGAAGUACAAUCUCAUAAUGCAUAGACCACCCAUAAUCUACCAUCCUUCACCCACAAUUUACCAUCGUCCAGAUGUCGUAGUUCACCAUUCCGAUGUUGUAAUUCAUCGGCCAAGCGUCGUAAUACAACCGCCAUCCGUCGUCUUUCAUAAACCUGCUGUAGUAUACCAUCAGCCACCUGUGGUGUUUCAUCAGCCUGAGCCUUCGAUACACCAACCGCUGUAUCAUUCCCAUGAUGCAUAUGAAGCUCACCCAGAGUAUACUCAUAUAGGAAGCCAUGUUGAACAUGGAGGUAAAGAACAUUAGUCAUUUUAAAUGGAAAUAUUUGGCAUCAUUUUCUUGUUACCAUAAGUGUUAAGAGGCAAUUUUUCUCAAUGUCACGUAUUUGCAAUGAAAAGUGUUCAAAACCUAAAAUUUUUUGGCGUUCCUCUCAAAAUUACUUUGUUUUAGCUUUAUUCUAUUGUUUAUAGAGUUAGCUACCUUUUUAAAUGCAUCUGCCGGUUGAGAAACAUAAAAUAAUAGUUGAAAAUUGUCAAUUAAAAUACAAAUAUCAAUGAUGCUUUAAAACUGACGCCAUAUUUACAGCCAUAUAAGCAAAACUUACUGAACUUCAGACAUAAUUUUCUCUUUGGCGUAUCAUCUAAAAUCUCUUCAUUUUGGCAUUAUUUUACAGAUAAAGCACUAAACAUACUUUUUAAGUUUGUUUGCCGAUUGAGAAACGUAUCGAAAAAUAAAAAUGUUGAAUUUAGUCAUAACCUCAAGUGGUAUAUUAUACGCAUUAGUUUUGAGCGCGUGUUACGUAACAUACAAAAAAAUCUUCUCUUAAUAAGGUUGAUCACCAUAUGUAUCAUAAAACACUUCAAUAGAAUUCAUGUAUAAUAGAAAUCAUGGCAUGACCAAAAGUUUGUAGAUUGUCAUUCUAUUUCGUUUUACUUUCAAAAAAUAAAUGCGAUUUUUGCUCUUGUUGUAGGUGAAUACCUCGCGGACCCUCACUAUGGCUAUGAUACACAACUCGGUUUCCAUGGAGAUUUCCACAAUGGUUUCCAUGGAGAUUUCCAUGAUCACGUAGAGCCUGGGUUUGGCGGCUUCCAUGGUUACGGAGAUGCACACGCAUUCCCAGGUUUUGGAAAAUCAAAAAUAGAAGAAGCGGAAGAAAAACACGCGGACACGAAAAAGGGGGAGCACGCAAAAGAAGACACGGAGAAAACAGGACACGAUAAACCUGAACAUGGGAAACAACAUAAGAAGGAACACCACGAGGACGGAAAACACGAAAAGGAAAGCCACGAACACGCUAAACGCGAUACGCAAUCUACAAACACGAAACGUGUUCAACUUCCUCACGCACAAAAAGAGAAAACGGAAACAGGCACGAAGAAGAACGCGAUUGUUGUGAGACGUCCUCCAAUAAUCUACCAUCCUCCACCCGAGGUUUACCAUCGGCCUGAUAUCGUGGUGCAUCGGGCUCCAAUCGUGAUUCAACGUGCCCCUCUCGUGUAUCAUCAAAGUCCUGUCAUUGUACACAGGCCCGCAGUUGUCUAUCAUCAGCCAGCGGUUGUCUUCCAUCAGCCUGCGCCGACGGUGCAUCAACCUGUGUUCCAUUCUGUCGAUACAUUCAGUGUCCAUCCCCACCUAUCAUUCUCACAAGCUGCAAGUAGUGUACACCAGGUCGGGCAAUAUCUAGGUAUCCCCCAAGAAGUCAUGCAUCGCUCCACUGUCCCCACCUCUUCCCCCCACCCAUCAAAUGCUGAACACACCGACUCUGACCCUAGUGUCCCCACCGAUUCUCAUCCCAAACAACGAAGGGCAACACUAGAGCAAGUCAUCACACCUAUAACCCCACUCAAUUUCAUCCAUCCCCGUCACCCAAGGUUUGAAACACCCCGUUCAACUAUACCUUACCCCGCUCUACACCCUCAUUCUCUCUCCUAUGCCUCAUUUCCUUGGGGUUACUCCCCAAGAACGAAGAGAUUUGUAGAGGGACACCCAUAUGUUCACCCUGACCCAUCCACAAUGGUCCCUCAUGAGCUAUUCCCCCUCCCCUACUCCCCCUUCUAUCACCACAUGCCCCUACCACGGCCUCAUGUAAAUAUCAACAUCGAAACCGUUAAAUCCAAUGUUCCAAAAGGCGAAAAACGUGAACGAAGACAAUCCAUAUUAGAUCCAUCACAAGUCGCCGAACCUUCCCCGAUACAACCGGAAGUAGACGCAAUGCAUUCUGGACAGAUGAUGUCAUAUCCGGGUAUGACGUAUCCUUUACCAAGACCCCAUGUGAACGUGAACAUCGAGACUGUUAAGUCAGCGGUACCUCGCAGCAGAAGACAAGUCCUGGCCGGGUUGCCUACUCAGGGAAAUGAAGCGAAUUUCGCGCCUCAAACAUAUUCUCAGGCUGUCGUCCCUGUGGCUCCCGCACAGUUACCUGGUCCCCCCGUAGAACCAUUGGGUGUAUACAGAGAUCUGCUUGGUGCGUUAUACCCCAGGGGGGUGCGGAGGCGUCCUAAAGUGAACAUUGUCGUCCAAACUGCAAAAUCAAACAUCCCUACUCCACAAAACGUGAAGAAAUCAGUCCUUCCCAGUUCCCUAAACAAAAACAAUGUUGAUGCAUUCAACACCAUGCCGGAAGUGACGACAAUUGAACCGCCGUUGCUAAGAGACGGUGUACGCGUCAACAUGGUUGACUUGGGUGAUCCUACAGCCGGGUCCAGUCCAUCUCCUAAUUUCGCGCCAAAAUUACAACCAUCGUACGGCAACACGAACAUGCAGAACUAUGGAGCGAAUGUUUUGGGGCUUGGAGCACAAGGAAAUUUCGGUAUGGACAAGUGGAAAAAGUCGACGAUUUCCGAGCCCAGUACAUCGUGGCGUGACGUAAAUGCCGAGAAAAAGUCGUCUGUUCCCAGCGUUCACCGACAGACAGGCGGGAAGAAACGUUUCAUGAUUGGUGGAUCCCAGUCUCCUGAGCAGUUUCCCGAGUAUCAGUCAGGACUUGAACCCCAGGGUUCAAUACCCAUGGCCCAACCCGCAUUUGCAGGCUAUGCUAAUCCUUCAAGCUACGCUACUGAACCCCAGGGUUCACUACCUUUGGCUCAGCCCGCAUCUGCAGGCUAUGGUAAUCCCUCAAGCUACGCUGCUGAACCACAGAGUUUACUAGCUCAGCCCGCCUCUGCAGGCUACACUACUGAGCCUCAAGGCUUUGGACCUCAGGUCAGUGGUGCUGCAGAACAAGAACAGUAUGUGCCUGCAAACGUUGGAAAUCAAGUGAGUGGCAUUCCCCAACCAGGACGACUGCAUGUAAAUGUAAAUAUUGAAACCUAUAAGAAACAAACAGUAGCCUCUGGUGGUCUACCCGGUAAACGACAACUGAUCGGCACCCUCCCAUUGACCUCUUUGUUCCGACCAAACCCAAACACAGCAAGAGCUUCAUUGAAGAGUAUGGUGCCUGAUAGAAAAGCUCAGCCUGCAAAAAAUGCUCAGCCUGUCACAAAACGUCAGCAGAUUAUGCCCCGAGUACCUUUGGCUCAAGCCAUACCACGACUCAGAAAUCGCGUAUCAUCCACGCGUAGGUCGCCCGCGAUGUCCACGCGAGGGUAUACCGCAUUCCCGGCACGAGAUACGCAACCUCAAACCCGGGCGUUUUCAUAUCAAGGUCUUCAACCCGCAUCACACCCGCAGGUUUUGACCCCACCUGCCUCAGCGUCUUACUUUACUCCAGCCCCCUCCCCAUAUCUUCACCCCACACUCUACCCUUGGGGAGGCCGGAGACAUGUUAACAUCAACAUUCAAACCGCCAAAUCAAAAAUCGCCACCCCCUCCAAAUCAAAGAAGAUCAUCACCCCUCGGUUCAAGAGAGAAUUCCCCGUCCUCUACAACAUCAUCAAGGCCAAGGCUAAAUCAGAUACAGCAAAAAGAGACGGCAAGACACGACGAGACAAACGACAGAUGCCGUUCUUUCCCGGAGGAAACUUUCUACAAAAUUUGAUUCCCGACCCGAACUUGCUCGUAAAACGAGCUUUUUACGGGAAUCUCCCGAGGUGAAUUCUAUUUUUUUCCUAAAAUUAAUUAUUUUCUAACAGUAGUUUAUUUACAUGCUGCAAUGUGGUGUCUGAUGGCUUUUAUCAGGCUGUAAAAUUGUCUGACCAUAGACAGAGAUGCGUAAUAAAAUCACUGAUUCAGUAAUCUGAAACUUAAACUACCUAAAUCUGUCACAAGAUGAAGAGUAGUUUCAUUAAACAAUGACAGUCAUUUAAGUCCGUAUCAAACAAUUUUGCUCGAACUCUGUCUAUUGCCAGACUGCUUUACUUGUGAGCGUCAUAUAGUAUUUAUUUAGUUUAAAUAUUCCUAACUUAAUAAAAGUUUUUGCUAAGUAGAUUUGUAUACAUUUUAAGGUAUCCAAUCAACCCAGCCGUGCUUGUCCCGAGAGCUUCACGACCACGAGCCGAGAAGCAGCCGAUGGGAACAAUUGAAGUGGGCAAUGCCGAGUCACCGUUGUCCAAUGCCGCCGGCUUACUGAAGAAUGAGUUUUCUCAAAGUUUUGCAGAUAUCGCCAAAAUACAACGUCAGGAAGUGAAUGCUAUCAAAGGAAUGAGUAUGGGUAAUCAGGCGCCAUCACCCUCCGUCGUAAAUAUGCAAGGGCAAGCCUCCCCCGGUGCUGAAGUUGUUUCAGUUCCUAGACAAGGGUCUGCACCUCAAUUGAUGUCUGCGCCCGCUGCCGCAGCUUCAGCGGUACCAGUACAAGAGCAGGCGCAGCAACCUGAGGUAGUGCCAGUUUCCGCUCAACAAACAAUGCCGUCAUUUGCAGGUGUUCCUCAAUCCCUACCUGCCGCUGGUCAACCAUUGCCGGCUCAAUUUGCUUCCCAGGCCCCUAUGGAGAUGGCUCCUGGUUUUGUCCGAGGUAAACCUGAGCCUGUCAUGCAACGUCAAGCGGUUCAAGCACCUGAGCCUGUAAUUCAAGCAGCUGGACCAGCGGUUCAAGCACCUGAACCUGCAAUACAAGCACCUGAACCAGCGGUAUCUAGAAACAGCCCGUUCACUGUAAUAACUCCACAACAACUCCCCCCGGGUUUUCAACCCCAGUUCCCUAUACCCGGUUUACAGUUUCCGUUUCUUCCACCGGCCGAGGUACCCCCAAUGUUUGUGCCACCGGUAGAAAUGCCUCGCGCACUUCCAUACCCACGACCGUUCUUAAAUCCCAUCCCUCAGCCGGAGCCUGAUGAUUCUGAUAGACCUUCAGUUAAUAUUCAAGUUCAGACGUCGAAAUCGAAAAUACCGAAACUGCAGAGUAAAAUGAAGAAGGAUAAAAAAGAUAAGAAUAAAACGACGCAUUAGUUUUUGAAGUAGGUAAGGGCCAUCUGCUGGGUGUAGACACUGUUUGAUUUCAUGAAACGUAAAAGCUAUAAAAGCUAUCGCAAUCAGGGCGUGGCGACUGGGGGGUCUUGGGGGGAUGCGACGCCCCCCCCCCCAAUAAUUCUGAACUUUGAAAAGUUGGUCAAAAUUUUUGAAAAGUUGGUCAAAAUUUUUGAAAAGUUGGUCAAAGGAAUUAUUUAAAUAUUAAACGAAAUCUUAUAUUAUUUACAAAAAUUUUAGAAAAUCCAAAAAAUGUUCAGAAUUUUAGAAAAAGUUCUUUGAUAAACGGAGAAAAUUUGUGAUAUUCGAAAGAAUUUUAAUGUCGCGAAAAAUGCGAUAGGUCCGGAAACAUUUUUUUACCCCUAAAAUGGUACACUGACACGAAAACGUUGGUCAUUUUCAUUAAAAAAGUUGGUCAUUAUGGUUUGACGCCCCCCCCUCCCCCCUCAAUCUGGAAUCGUUCGCCACGCCCCUGAUCGCAAUGAAGUAAAGAUUAUUGCAUUCAGUAAGGACUAACUUAGAUUUUGAUAUAUAGCGCUUGAAUUUACAUGGAAUAUUGAGCGAGAUACAACCAAAAUAAAAAUAUUUAUUAUUUAACAAGUAUAACUACAUCGGUAAUUAUAAGCUUGUUUACGCUAAUUUUCGGCAUUUUCAAAAACAGUAGUUCAACGUUCAAACAUCAAUAGCGCAGUCAAUAUUGCAUGUAAAUUUAAGUGCUGUAUACCAAAAUCUAAGUUAGUCCUUUCUGAAUGCAAGGAUCUUCAUUGCGAUAGCUUUUAUAGCUUUUACGUCACAUGAAAUCAAACAGGUUUCAAUUUUUUGGGGGAUACCCGGUACAAAAGUGAACGAAGGUACUACGUUAGUGGUACCUGUCGAACCUGAAAUCCAUUUAAGUAAUUUAUUUCUUUUUAUUUCAGAUGAUAAAUAUCUCAACUACAGCAAAGAUCUGUUCUAUCAAAAGAUACGUUGAGAAAUAUACGAAGAAAGAGUAUAGAAAUAUGAUAUUUUUCUACGAAAAAAUGUUUUAAAUCUUCAAAAGAAUGUGGAUGGAUUAAUUACUAACUAUCUGCGCUGGAGUUGUAUAGGUUUUCAAUACUACUUUCAUGUAAAUAUAUGUAAUUACAUGCAUAAUAUAACCUUGUCCAAGUAGUAGUACGGUAACUCUUCAGAACACAUCAGAUCCUUUGCAUUAGAAUACGGAUUUCAAUUAGAAAAGAUUUUUAUUCUAAAAUAUUCUAAUUGUCGCUACGAAAUACUGCAAGAGAUCUGGUGUCACAAUCGAGGUUGCAAAACAUAUAGCUACUGCAAUUCCUAUGGAGAUAUAGAAAUAUUCAAUUUUUAUGGAUAAAUAGAUGCA